CUAUCCUACACUACACCCACCACCUGCGCCGUUUAGCAAUUAGCGCCGCCCCUUCCAGAAACUAACCAAACUCUCCAUUUCUUUUGCCCAACUCUUUUCUACCACACAGCACCCACUCACUCCCAAAAAACCGAUUUUGAAUAAAGUUUAGGACUAGGGUUUUGUUCAAUCGAACUCGUGUGCAGCUCGCCUACUCGAAUAUCGUUUGCUGGGGUGCUCUAUGCUGAUAAUUUCGGAAAUUAGGGUUCUUUUUUGUGAUAUUUUAUUGUUUGACCAUCCAAUGCUUUGGCGUAGUUAGUUUAUGUAGCAUUCAUAUGGCUCCGAGCCGGAGAAGAGGUGCGGGUAAAGCGGCGGCAGCGGCCGCCCAGCGGAAGUGGGAAGUCGGCGAUCUCGUGCUCGCCAAAGUCAAGGGGUUUCCGGCCUGGCCUGCCACUGUGAGCGAGCCACAAAAGUGGGGGUACCCUUCUGAACUGAAGAAAGUACUUGUUCACUUUUUUGGGACUAAACAAAUUGCUUUCUGUAAUCAUGCUGAUAUUGAAGAGUUCACAGAAGAGAAGAAAAUAUCUCUGUCAGGAAAACGCCACGGUAAAGGUUCUGAUUUUGCUCGUGCAUUAAGAGAGAUAGUUGAUUGCUUUGAGAAGCUGAAGAAACAGGACCUGGUUAGUGAUAAUGUCACUGAGGAAACUGUUACCACAAAUGAAAACAACUCAGACGAGUCCUUGACUAGACCUGUGAAUGAUGAGGCUGCCAUGACUACAGUUAAACAACUUUCUGGUGGAUCCACUAAUGAUUUGAACUCGCUAACUGAAGCUGCUGUAGCGGCAGCAGCUGAAGAUGCUCUGCGUGAUGAGGAGAUGCAACUGGAGGAGGCACAUUCAAAUUCCGGGUUUACUGAAAUACAUGUUUAUUCAACAAGAAGCAAAACUGAUGCCGCUCAAUCACGAAUUAUUGGUAAGCAGAGGAGGUUAUCUGCUAGAAAGUUGAGAAGUUCUUCAAGGGUGGAUGUGGGCGGACUGCAGGAGCUAACAUUGCCUCCUUCCAACAAUCAUAGGAGCUCUAGGCAGUUGGGUGCUAAGGCACAGGAUAGAUCUCUUAGAAGAAGUAGAAGGAUCAUUAAAUCAUCUGAUGAUUACGAGGGGAACAAUGCCAACUCACCUUUUUUCCCGUCUAAUUGUAGUGUGGAAGAGAUUGAUUCUGAGAUUAUGACAGCAGACUCUGAUUCUGAUAGUCUCAAUGGUCGCAGCUCUGUGGACUCGGGAUGCAAACCAGUAGAGGAGGACCCUUUCACUGAAAAGAACGAAGGAGCAACAGAGUUGAGUGACCGGCUUGACUUUCAAACAAAUGCUAAUAUUACUAAGAAGAAAAGGAAGCCUAAUCGAAAAAGACAUAGAAGUGAUCUGGUGGCUAAAUCGGAUGAGGUUGUUUCCGAGACUGAAGUACUUAAGACUGACUGCCUUUCACCUAGUAAUAAUGAAAAUGUGGCUGAAAAAUGUCCGAAAGAAGAUGGGGAUGAGCAUCUACCAUUAAGCAAAAGGGCUAGAGUUCGUUUGGGUAAGUCAUCACCUGUUGGGGAUGAAGAUACCGAAUUAGCUCAUGAAGAAGACAAAAGUCUGAAAGUUCCUGAAACCUCUAUACAGUCUGAUGGGCUCUCGAAUAUUAAGGUGCAUGUUCCUCCUGGUACUGUAGCAAUAUCUGUCAAAGAAGAUUCGUAUAUUUCACCUUUAUCGCUUGAUAGUCUUGAUAGAAAGCCUCAGUAUUGGGAAACUAGAAAGAAUCUUGUGGAUGGUGAGUCUGCUUUACCUCCAUCAAAGCGUCUAACUCGUGCUUUGGAGGCAAUGUCUGCUAAUGAAGCUGACCUCAGUCAGAGAACUUCUAGUUGUUCCUCAAAGGUGGAUACUCCUAAUGAAGGCUGUUCUUCUGCGAAAUGCUUUGAGCUGUCCACAGAAGAAAAAGCUGUGGUCGAUUCGGGAUUAGGAUCAGUGGGGGAGCUCAGUACUACAGUUCCUCUGUCAAGUGUUUCUGGGUCCUGUCCUGAGCUAAACGAGGAUGUCCCAGAAAAACAUGGGGAAACCAUUGAAGUGGUGUUGGAUUCUUGUAAAACUUCUGGUGUUGGUAGCUCAAAUCCAGAAUCAUGCAAGGAUUCAUUUUGUCACGCUGAAGGUGUUGAGAGCAAACACCUGCAGUUAUCUAGCUUGAUUGAGUUCCCUUAUUCUGUGCAUCAUUUAGAUCCAAAUCUGGAUUUAGCGAACACUCCCAGCUUGUCUCAUUUAGACUGUGGCAGGCCAUACUUGGAUUCAUCUCUUGAUAACUGCAAGAUCAAAUCUCCAGAGUUUAAGGAGACGACUAAAACAACUGAUGCCAAGAUUUCCCUGAUGGACUCAGAUUCUCUCUUGGUGGAAGAGACUACUGGUGAUUCACUUGAUGUUGAGAAAUGUAAACUUAUUGACAGUUCAGAUUGUGGUGAUGAAUUACAAAAGAAAACAAUCCUUUCUCUAUCCAAGAACCAAGGGAGUCGAAGGCCUGAAUUUAUCGGAGAAGCAAGCCUAUCAUGUGCAGAUUCUAAUCUUGUACUAUCAGCUAGUCCCUUGAAAGUUCUGGAUAGCAAUCAUAUAGAAGUCGGAACAGUCUCAAUUGCUCAGUCUUCUUCACAUUUAUCUGAUCGAACAGGAUCUGCUACGAAAUCACCUCCUCCCAGUUCUUCCAUGUGCGGCAUUUCCUCAUCUGAUAGUUAUGUUGAAGAAAAGAGAGGCUCUUGCAUUACUGCUCAAUUGCAUCCUGAAAAAGCUAAACUUGGGGUCAAGUCAAGCAAUAUGGUGGAACUUUUGUCAUCACUUGAAGCUGCCAUCCGAUCUUUGACAAGGACUAAGGAGAGCAUUGGUCGAGCAACGCGGGUUGCUAUUGACUGUGCAAAACUUGGUUUUGCAACUAAGGUGGUUGAAUUACUGGCCCAGAAUUUGGAAAGUGAAUCGAGUCCACACAAAAAGGUUGACUUGUUUUUCCUUGUUGACUCAAUCGCUCAGUGCUCCGGUGGCAUGAAAGGUGAUGCUGGUGUAUAUCCCUCAGCAAUUCAGGCAGUCUUGUCACGUUUACUGUUGGCUGCUACCCCUUCUGGUACUGGCUAUUGUGACAAUCAUAGGCAGUGCUUGAAAGUUUUGAGAGUUUGGCUAGAGAGGAAGAUUCUUCCAGAGACCUUAGUUCGCCACCAUAUUCGAGAACUUGAUGCUCUUUACCAUUCACAUGUUAGUGGUGGCUCUCGGAGAUCUUGUAAAUUUGAAAGGCCCUUUGAUGAUCCCAUUAGGGAAAUGGAAGGGAUGUUGGUUGAUGAGUAUGGAAGUAACUCAAGCAUCCAGCUUCCUGGUUUCUGUAUGCCUCCUAUGUUGAGGGAUGAUGAUGGAGGCAGUGAUUCUGAUGGAGAGAACUUUGAGGCUGUCACUCCUGAGCAUAAUAUGGAAAAUGUACAUGUUGAUGGAGAACCAAAUGUGAGUGCUACAGCUGAGAAACGGAGCCAUAUCUUGGAAGAUGUUGAUGGUGAGCUUGAGAUGGAAGAUGUGGCUCCGUGCUGUGAUGCUGAAGGUACUUCUACCGGUAGUAUUGCUGAUAGCCAUUAUGGAGCACCAUUUCCGGGGUCUGCCCCGCCUCUGCCUCUGCCUCUGCCUCUGCCUCUGCCUCCACCUCAUUCUCCGCUUCCACCACCACCUCCACCUGCGCCUCUAGCUCAUCCACUACCUCGAUCGGGUUUUCCUCCUGCUGUGCUUGAUUCUGUUCCAAAAUUUUCUCAUUCAAAUUCUCAGGAACCUGUUAUGAGGCGGUCUCCUUCGCCAAGAAUCAAGUCAAGAACCUUAGACAUGGUGCAUCAUCGGCAUUAUGACAAGAGAGACUCUGAAGCCCAAUUGGCAAGACAUAUUCCUUAUGGCAGUAAUAAUCGUCCUUGCAAUGAUCAGCAUAUUCCCCAUUUCUCUGGUAGAUCAUCAAAUGGCUUCCAGCCAGCAGAUGGGGCUUUCAGCAAGGGUUUUCAUCUGCCCCCACCACACCCUGCUCCUUCAGAUCAUUUCUCAUAUGUCCAAGAGCCACGCAGCCAAUCACAAAGGGAUAUUCCACCCCCUUCUCAUCCCAAUAGAUUCACAUCACGUAGCACAGAAAAUGGAAAUUUUUACAGGGAUCGAGACAGAUAUAAGUCUGGUGAGCGGGAUAAUAUUGGAGAGCGCUGGAGGCCGCGUAUGCCACCUGUCUCUGGUCCAUACCAUUGUGAUGGUUCCAGAAUGGCUCAUGCACCAAUGCCAUACCAUGGCCCAGUCCAUGAGUCUGAUUUUUCUAAUAAUAGGUGGAAUUACCCUCCACGUUCCAUGAAUCACAGACAAAUGAAUCCUUAUGGGCCACCAUCUGAAGGUCCUAUUCCAGUGGCAAAUAAAGGCCCUAACUUUUGGAAGCCAGGAUAACUUUUUUGCAUCAGCUCCAGCAAACUGCUCGGUAUUUCAACAGAGAUAACUCUUCUGGAACUGUCUGAGGGUUACUGAUUUGUGGCCACAAAGAAGAGAGGCUGUGCUCCUCCGGUGGUUGUACAUACAUAUGUUGUCAAUCUGUUUGUCGCUGCCUUAUGAACAGAGAAUGAGAGGUUGUUUGGUAAGUGGGAGAUGUAGUAUCAUCCCCGGGGCGCUAAAUUAUGAUUACGUAUGUUGAAUCUAUAAGCUUUUGGAGCAACAAUAUAGGAUCUGAUCUGCCUUCAACAUCUGAUAAUGAUAUGUAUCUUCUGUCCCAUUCUCUUUCCUUCUAAAUAGGUGGCUGUCGUUGUAUAAUUAUCACGAUUACCAUGUACAUUGUGAGUUGUUCGACUUCCUCAGCCGAUUAUAAUUAAUCUAUCUCAAGGUUACAUGUCUUUAA